AUGGCUAAAUGCCGCAACUGGCCCUACCUUAUUACUAGUGUUAUAGACUUUAUACGCCUUAAAGCAGCAGUUACUAUAAUUUUCUUUAGCAUAAUAAAAUUCUAUAUAACUAUAAAUAUAUUUAUAAAUAAAUUACUAACUAUAACUCUAGUAAAUAAAAGGGCUAAUAUAAAGCUUAUAAUAUUAUUAUUUACUUUUAGGUUAAAUAAAAUAAAGAAAAUAAAUAUAUGCUUUUUACUUAAGGCAUUAAAAAGUUUUUAA